CAGUUUCUAUUGUGGCGAACGCUGGGACCAGACCGGCAACAGGCCAUCCUGGUAGCUGCCAGUCGUUGCCUAGACCUCGAGACCGUCGCGAGUGUUCUUCGGGCCUGUUCGAUGAUCUCUCGCUCUCCGCUUGGUAACGCGUAACCACACUGCGAAUAUUUACGCAAAUCCGUCGACCAAUUAAAAAUUCUACGAAAACUUGGAUCGUUGUCUCGGACAAUUCUAUUAAAUUGAAGCUAAUAAUCAACGUUUAUACUCGAUAUAGAUCGAAAGUAAUAUGUGAGUAUUCUCGGAUCGGAGGUUUAAGUGGAUCUCCGUGAACGGAGAAGUGGUUGGGGCGCAUAAAUAUUCGCAAUCCGGUGAUUACCGAGUUGUUAAAGUGAAAUCCGUGUACGGAGUGCGUCGGUAGCUGUGAUUGAAUAAAAGUGAUCCGGCUGAGUGCACCGCUACCCCUUGGAUUAGCCCGAGGACAUGAGACUGGGACCACGGGAUGCCACCUUACUGCCGAAAGAACUCGAUCGUUCUCAGGACACAGCUGUCCGUGAGGGUGCACACCAUCAUAGAAAAAUUGCUGAACAGCGAGGGCCGCGAGCUGCGACGGGCUCUCUUCUCCCUCAAGCAGAUCUUUCAGGAGGACAAGGACCUGGUGCACGAGUUUGUGCAAAAUGACGGGCUCGCCUGCCUCAUCAAGGUUGGCAGCGAGGCCGACCAAAAUUACCAAAAUUACAUACUACGGGCUCUCGGUCAGGUGAUGCUGUACGUGGACGGUAUGAAUGGCGUGAUGGAACACGGUCAAACGGUUCAGUGGCUGUACACGCUGAUCGCCAGCCGCUUCCGUUUAGUCGUGAAGACCGCUCUGAAAUUGUUGCUGGUGUUCGUCGAGUACGUCGAGACGAACAGUCUGCUGUUGGUUAGGGCGGUGCGCUCCGUGGACACGUCCAGAGGUAUGAUACCCUGGACGAACGUGAUGAAGCUGCUGAAGGACUACGACGCCGCUGACACGGAACUUCUGAUCUACGCCACCACCUUGGUCAACAAAUGUUUAAACGGCAUACCGGAUCAGGACACCUACUACGAUCAGGUGGACUGUCUCGAGGAGCAAGGGAUCGAGGGCAUCAUCCAGAGGUACAUGUCCAAGCAGGGCACUGAUUUGGACCUGCUCAGGCAGUUCCAAAUCUACGAAGCCGUGUUGCACCAUGAGGAUGGGAACGAUAGGGGAUCGCCUAUUCGGCAACUGGACGACAAUAUCAGGAAGACGCUGCGGAACCGUAAGUCGCUGGUGGAUUCGCACGAGCGUCGAAAAUCCCGCAGACACUCGACGGGCACGUCCCCACUGUCGAUGUCCUUGAACGCCCGGCUGAGUCCCCGGCUGAACCACUCGCUGGGCUUGAACUCCCUGAACAACACGCUGAACUCGAGCCUGCCGGACGACGACGACGAAUCGAGCAGCUCGCAGAGCUCGCAGGGUCACCUCGGCGAGGUCCAAUUGAACGGCAGCUACAAGGAGAACAAAGUGGAUGUUGGCGUGACACCGGCGUUAAGACGACGACGGGAGCGGGCCGAGAGACAGAGAAGCUUUAUCAGGGAGCAACAAGAGGCUACGGCGAACAUGCGAGCGUCCGUGGGCCAUUCGGACGAUCAGGAAAGUCCAUUCCCGACAAACGGACUGCGUUACACGAACGGCACGUCGUACGACCGAAACGCGGACUCGCCAUCGAACAAGUUGUCCAGGACGAAUAGCAGGAAGGACUUGACGCCCCUGAUGAACGCCGCGAACAAGCUCGACUCCGAGGAGAAGAAACCGUGGUACGGGAAGAGCCCCGACGAGGGUGUCGAGUGCGACGAGGGCAAUCACACCGACGAGGAUGAGGAUCGUCGAGUGGUUUUACAGCUGAAGAGGGAAGGAACCGUCAAGGACCUCACACAAAAGCUGGCGGCUCAAAAUCUUAUACCCAGCAGCCCGGUCGAGGAGAAGGUCUCCAGGAUAGGGGACAUGAGUGGUCUGAUCUCAAAGGCGAAGGAGGGCCUGGCGAAGUCAAAGUCGAAGGCGGACGUGUUGAAGUCACCAACCAGCGACAACCUGCCGAAGCUGCAGGAGACGAAGAAGUCGGAGAACGAGCUGCACUGGGAGGAGCUGGUGAAGAAGCUGAAGAGACCUCUGGCGCUGUGCGACCUGGACUUCACCGACCUGAACACCGACGACGAGGUUGACGUUCUCGGCCCGGUGAACGUGAGCAAUGGCGUGCCACCGCCGCCGCCACCCAUGGUGCCUUCCGCAGGCGGCGCUCGUGCCCCACCCCCGCCGCCCUUGGGCGCCAGGCUGCCACCGCCGCUCCCGCAGGCACCGCCGCCGCUGUUUGGCGUGAAUCUCAAGUCGUCGAGGUCGCCGACCGCGAACGAGACCGGCAACACACCGAAGAGCCCGCCGCCGACCUUCACCAAGAAGAGCAAGAAGACGGUGAAGCUGUUUUGGAAGGAGGUCAGGGACGAUCCUAUCAUACUGUCCAGGCUCGACAAAAACAAGAUGGUGUGGGACGAGCUAUCCCCGGUACCUGUUGACACGCAGAAGCUCGAGCAUCUGUUCGAGAGCCGUGCCAAGGAUCUCAUCACCAAGCAGAAACAGCAAGAGAUGAACAAGAACAAGGAGAUCAUCGUGUUAGACCACAAACGAUCGAACGCUAUUAAUAUCGGGAUGACCAAGUUGCCGCCGCCGAGAUCGAUCAAGACCGCCAUCUUAAAAAUGGACGCGACCAUUAUGAACCGGGAAGGUAUCGAGAAACUACUGACGAUGCUGCCGACCGAGGAGGAGAGGUCGAGGAUACAAGAGGCGCAGGCCGCCAAUCCUGACCUACCUUUGGGAUCGGCCGAGCAGUUUCUUCUAACUUUGGCCUCCAUCUCGGAGUUGCCCGCCAGACUGAAACUUUGGGCGUUCAAGUUGGACUUCGAGAAUUCGGAGAAGGAAAUUGCGGAACCUUUGAUGGAUCUGAAGCAGGGAAUGGAGACCCUCCGAGUGAAUAAAACGUUCCGCGGGAUUCUGAGCACGCUCCUUUCGAUCGGGAUAUUCCUCAACGGAAAUGAGGUGAAGGGCUUUCAGCUGGAAUACCUCGCCAAAGUACCUGAAGUGAAGGAUACGGUUCACAAGCACUCGCUGCUUCAUCACCUUUGCCACAUGGUGAUGGAGAAGUUUCCGGAUUCUACGGAUCUCUAUUCGGAGAUCGGCGCGGUGACGAGGGCCUCGAAGAUCGAUUUCGACGAGCUGGCGUCGAACAUCGGCAAACUGGAGAGCGAGUGCAAGGCGUCCUGGGACCAUCUCAAGCUGAUCGCGAAACACGACGGUUCCACCAUGAUGAAAGUCAAAAUGUCGGACUUCCUGGCGGACUGCGCGGAGAGGAUAAUCGUGCUGGGGAUCGUGCACAGGCGGAUCAUAAAUCGGUUCCAUAAAUUCAUCCUAUGGCUAGGCACCCCGCUGCACAGGGUGCAGGACACCAAGCCGAACGAGUUCUGCCGUAUCGUGUCCGAAUUCGCGCUCGAGUACCGAACCACCCGCGAGCGGGUGAUACAGCAGCUCGAGAAAAAAGCCAAUCACCGUGAGAGAAAUAAGACCAGGGGGAAGAUGAUCACAGAGGUUGGCAAGUUCAGGACGAAGGAGGACCGUGCGGACGCGGAGCUCAGGCAACUGCUCGGAAGCGAUAUCUCCGACGUCGAGAGUAUUCACGGCACCCUGCCGUGGAGGAGACAGAGGAAAGACGGACGCACCUCCUUGGGCCCGCUGCUCCGCGAUGAGAAUACCAACGGUAACCUGACAGACGGCGACGACGAGCUGUUGGAAUCGUUAGUGAAGACUGCGACGAAGACGCCGGCGACGAGAACAACGCCCAGGGAGCGCAAGAGGACCAGACACGCCGAUCGUAAGUCUUUGCGUAGAACGCUGAAGAACGGCCUCUCGGAAGAGGAAAAGAAGCACAUCGCCGCCUACAUCAAGGGCUACUGACUGUGAUAAAACUCGAAAUCUGUAACUCGUCCAUGAAGAAGAAAUAUGGAGAGAGGAAGGGGGAAAAGCAGCACGAUCAUCGAACCUUUGAUCGGACGUCGACGACAUGGCCCCAGGAUGCAGCGGUCCACGACGAACCCCGAGGAAUACACCCAAGGUUACACGUUAAACAUACUAAUAAUUAAAUAAAUAAAUUGCCAAGGACGAGCAUCCGAGGCUGUCGAUUCUAUUUUUCGAUUCUGUCGCGCUCUGUCGUUCGUUCUUCCCUCGAUGACAAUUGAGAUCCGAAAGUUAUUUAACCUACUAAGACAGAAUCUAUUAAGAUACUACGACUGCCGAUCGUAUUACGCAUAAUAUUUUCGAAUACAGUAGGACCUCGUAGUAAGUAGUAGAAAUAAUUCAGAUUCUUAUAUUGUACCACGAGAUAUAUGCAAUCGAAUUUUGCAAGCGUAACUUGAAAGUUUUCUUUCGAAGACUUUAUACAUGUUAGUCCCCAAUUAAAUUGGAUAAUCGAAGUUCCACUGUAACUGACAAACCGAAGGGGCCAAUUUUGACCUAUCGAAAUGUUCGUUUAUGCAUUUCACGUUUGACUGUAAUAGUUUCUGUAAUAUCAACCCCUUGUCUUGUGAUAUCGAGUCGAAGGUUUCAAGUUGUAUUUUAUGAACGUGAAUAUUAUUUGUCCUUUAUAUUUAACAUGAAAUACUUAUUCCUUGUAGCAAAUUAUUAAAUAUGACUUUGAUAAGGGUAGUAUUCCAACUAGCUGUAAGGCAAGGGGUUCAAGAAAAUGUAACAGACUAUAAUCGCUAUUUAAUAUAACAAACGCGCCAAUAAACGAUACAAUAUUUAUUCCGGUAACAUACUGAUACAAUUAAAUUUCAAUAUAUUUUUCUGACCUCGUGAAUCGAGAUUGAAUUAGUCGGAUGUAUAAUGAAUUCAUUAUUGGUGCAUUAUAUUCUAAACAUGAGAAUCCUGCCAUAAAGAAUCUUCCACGAAUAACAAAGAAGUUAACUGUAUCUUUAUCGAAGACGUCAAAAGACACCUUUCCAAAUUUUAAUUUAAUAUUAUUUUCCAAGUUAACCAUUUCCCUUUAUUUGACUUUUUUACUGUUCCGAUAUAUAAUUAAUUUUAUAAUCGUCAUGAGAAAAGUCGAAAAGUCCAUUGCGAAGAAAUGAUUAACCUUGGAAAAUAAUUUUGAAUACACAUUUGAAAAGGUGUGUCUUGACACUUUCGGUAAAAAUAGUGUAAAGGAACACGUCCCAGCGACUGGAGCGACUUCCGGUGACCGUGAUCGAACGCAUCGACGAAAAAUGGAAAACCAAGCGGAUAGAAAGUUUUCAAAUGCGUCUUCCGCGGUGACAGUUUUCGCGGGCGAGCUAAGGUCCAGGAGGGGAGGGGGAUGAUAUUUUUCGAGCGUGCCUUGAAUCAAUUCACCGUUGCAUGUUGCAUGAUAUGAAAAUGUUAUUAAAGUUCGCGAGCCACUCUGUGUCGCGCGGCUUCGUGUCACGGUUCGCGGAUACGGGAAAUGAAAAGGCGUGAGGGAGGGUUUAAGAAUCACGAAGGAUUUUAUUUCUUAAGGAAGACACAUCGCGUUAUUUGCGUCGCAAUUCAAAAUAAUAUUCAUUUAUCAUUAUUUUGAAUAUAACAACCAUUUAUUUUCAUAAUAUGAUGUUUAUAGUCUCGUGAAUGAUAGCUUCAUCUUCAUAUUUUCUUGUGCAAUUAUAUCGGAACCAAAGCCAAAUUAUUAUAAUACGAUAAUUUGGAGUUACAUUCAAAUACAAUUAAAACUAUGAUUUUCAUGGGAUCAAUAGAUUUCGAAUAAUUCAAGCAAUUUUUUGUUUCAACUUUUCAUACCAGUUCCCGAAACAAAUCUUUAGAGAGCUUCGCGCUGAAACAUUACGACUAAUUAGAUACGGUUAUUUCGUAUGAUAUGCAAGUUGAAUCUUAGCGAACGAUCGAUAAGGCUCGCGCGUUUCACGUGUACCGCGAACUGUAUCGGUGGCUCACGUGGCACGGAACGUGUUGAAAUCCAUGUUACAAGCGCGGACAAUGGUGGACGGUUCCAGAAUGGACAGCGGUAGCCAUUGUGUCGGGCGGCUGCGCCGGUAAGUUCGAACGACAGAGGCGAAGAACAGACAAACGUAUCAGCGUGUGCCUCGAACGAGCUUCUAAACUAUUCUGAUGCGUAUUUCGAUAUCCCGUGGAGUUCGAAGAGAAUAAAAGGAAAAGAAUGAAACGUCCCGAAGUCGUUGGAUAAUAAUGAUGCUACCGGCGACACUCACCUGCGUGAUCGUAUCUUUCGUACGAUAUUGAAGAGUAGACGAGCGCUGAAUGAUGUUAAUUCACCGGUUGCGUAGGUAGUGAGUCCUCGAUACCUAAACGACAAGAAUCUGUAAAACGGUGUGAUUCGUUCGACGAGAGGAGCGAUCUUAAUUAACUUAAUCAUCACCUUAUUAUCCGCGCGCGGCGUUGCGCGCGCAAUCAUUGUAAUUUACUGUGGAAAUGAAUUGAAAUAAAAUU